AUGUCUCGACGAGCUACAGCCAGCUCGUCACGAAUAGAACGAGUCGAACGUUUCGAUCUCAAGUUGCGCGCACGCAAAAGCGAUCCUCAAGCUCAUGACGCCGAGUUCGUCCAUGAGUCAAGUCGUCGUGUAACUGAUCCGUUGCACAGUUCGGCUCUUGAAUAUCAAGAUGAUCCGACCCUCGAGCCGGAUCAGGUGUUCCCGCCGCCACCACAUCCUUUGGUGGACUCAAGCGGUGGUCAACGCUUCCUAGUGGAGCGUAUUUUGGACCACCGCGAUGUUAAUGGCGUCCGGACGAGUUACCUCGUCCGCUGGCGUGGCUAUCCACCGGCGUGGGACAGCUGGGAGCCUCGUGCCCAGCUGAUUGUUGAUGUCCUGGGUCUAGUCGAUCAGCACGGCGAAAUCCAUCCGCUGCGUUUGAAGAAGGGCCGUCGGAAAACGACCUCCCCGAACGCGAGUACAUGGAUUGCAAAGUAUUAA